AGGCCGCGGAAAAAAAUAAAAAGUUGAGAUACCUAACUAAGGUAGGUCUAACUUCAUAACAUCUAAAGAACGAUUUACGCUAGACUCUACAUGGUACAGAUAUUCACUACCCAAAGUUUUUAGGCGAUCUACGAACAGGUUAAACUCGGUAUAAAGUACACGAUGUCACUAACAAAGUUCAAACUACCAGGUAAAGACUGCCGUUGCAUCCUGUAUAAUGACAAAGUCUGCAAGAUCAAGACUCUGAUGCCUCCACUCAAUGAAGGAAUUAUUAGCGACUAUGUUGAUGACAGAUCACUGCAAGAAGAAGUAGAGGAUAUUAUAAGGUCUGUUUUGUGCAUCCCUGAAAACGUCGACCCAGUAAUGAUGAGGACACAGCAUUUAGUUGUAAAGCCAGAGAAGAAAGAAUGGAAACUCCCGGACAAAGUGGUAUUCAAACUGCCAGAUAAGCCACUUGUUGCUCUCUCUUAUAUGUAUAUCCUUCAUCUCCAACUCUGUACGUCAAAACAAGAAAUCCAUCAGGAAUCACCUGUUCAGAAAACUAUAGAAGAGCAUGUACAAUCAAACAAAAGGAAAACAGGGAGAUCUCCAUCUAAAUCGAGUGAACAAAACAAAAGACCACAGAGAAGACCAAUCCCAGCGAAAACCACAUUGAGCUCCUCUCUUCCUCGACGCUCCAAUCGCCGUUUGGCGCCAUCACGUGGGUUUGCUUCAAGCGCCAACCAGUCUGGCCGUGUCCUCAGGAAGCGGGCCCUCAGGUUUACGUCCGACAAAAACUCCACAAGCAACAACAGCAAUGAGGAGCCGAGAAGAGGUAGCAACACUUUUCCACCUGUUGAUGUAGGCUUAGAUGGAACAGGGAUGGGAGAUGAUUUUGAUGGACAGACAUUUAGAAGGAAGAAUAGGGAAAGGAUAGAAAUAGAGAGACAGAAGAGGGAACGUUCACCUGAGUUAGAAUCAGGAUUUAGUAAUCUGGUGCAAAGGAAGGCCUUGGAUCAAGAAAGAUUUCCAAGUUUAAACGAAUCGUGGGAUAAGGACCAUGUUGAGUGCAAUGGAGACAAGCCACCAAAACAUGUCCUGCCAUCAGAUGGAGGGGUUGCUAGAGUUGGUGUCCCAGGACAUCCAGGUCGAGAGCGAGUGGAGCAACAUGUCCUCCAGGAGCAGCUAAGGCUCCAGGAAAUGGCCAGUCCAGGGAAGGAUACCACAGCAGAGGAGCAGGGGCAGACUGACAAAGGGAUAGUCCAUCAUAUGUUUGAUGCUGUUGUGACACCAGUAAAAAAAUUCUUCUUCCGAGACUAAACCAAGAUCAAGAUCCUGUACUUAAAUUGGAACUUGUGCCUCCCCCUUACAUUUGGCUUCAUGCCCCAGAAUCUGUCUAGAAAUAUUUUCAUUUACCAUCCAAGGCAGAGCACUAUAGGAUUGUAUGCUGCAACAUUCUUAUUCAGAAAGAAGCAGAAAGUUGAUAAGUUCAAGUUAAUCAUAGGCCUUUUUCUUUUACAGUAUACUGAACUAUAGACAAAACUUUAAGAUUUUUGUAAGGCCAUCAAAGAAAAAAUUCUGCUAAAAUACAAAACAGAUGUUGUUUAUGAUUUCUAACUUCCUACUCUUCUGUCAUGAAAGAUGCUGUGAUUGAUCCAUUUAUGGAAAGUAUGUUGAAUAGAUCUUUUUUUUUCAUUAACAUUGCUGUAAUUGGCAAAAAUUAGGUAAGCAUAUCAGAACACGUACAGUAUCUCUGAACAAGGCAUAAAAUAUUUCUCUAACUUUGUGGGCUGAAGAUGUACCAGAAAUACAUACGUUAUGGGCAUUUGCCCUUUUGAGUUAGCCUUUCUUGCAUGACCAUUUGAAAUACUUAGUUUAUCUUACUUUAAUUUGUAAUCAUCAUGUACUCUUAUUUAUGUGAUGUGUAAAUUAGUGACACAUACAAUAUAUACCAACAUAGAGCAUAUUAUUUAUGGUAAGUUAUGCAGAUUGGCUGAAAUAAUAUACGUUUUGUAUUGCCUUUGGUGUUUGUUUUGACUUCAUUGAUGUAAUUCAGAUCUAUUUGUUUACUUGAAUUAUUUAAAACUGCACAGCGAUUUUCAAGGUUACAUGUUAUAAGAGAAUUUACAAGAGAGUAAAUAUAAUUAUUUUGUCAUCUAAGAUGAAGAGUAGGUCAAGGUGACCUUAUGUACAAAACUACAUGCCAUUCAUGAGGGUCAGGAGUAUGAUGACUUAUAUUUGUUGAUCUCUCAAAUUUAAAUCUGUCCUUUCGUCAGUCUGUCCAUUUGAUUUUCAUUCUUGUAAUUUAAUAAUGGUUUUAACUUUGAAGAAUCAAACUAAUUCAUGAUAGGAGAUCACAGCAUCAGCAGUCAAUCAGGUCAUUACAAGUAUGGUGUUGAAAGUCAUUCACCCGCCUUUAACAAUAUACUUGAAAUCAGGUUGGUGUUGGGAUAAACCUCCUAUAGUGCAAUGUACUUUCUGCUAUUUGUAAUGAAGUUUGAGUAGGUGUUGUGACAAGAUCGACUCUUAUUUUGAUCUGUCCUCACAUCAGUCCAUCCUAUUAUUCUUGUAAAUGAAAUUUAAGAACCAUUCAAAGGACAAAAGUCAUUCAGAGCUCAAAGCUCGAGUUUCAGGGCUUGUCAGGGGUCACUUGAUCAAAGCUCACUGAGGUUAUUCAGUGAUAUCCAUGUCUGAUGUUACAGAGAUGGUGCUGGUAUUAGUUAACCAGCCACAACACUGGACUUGACCUCUACAUAUUUCUGGCAGUCUGCAUUGAAACCUUAUAUUGGUGAUGGAGAACACCUACACCAACCAUAACACUGUACUUGAAAUCAGGCUGAUGUUAGGAUUGACCAACGAUCAUUGUACAAAGCCCAUAGGAAUCUUGAAAUACUGCCUCGUCAGGAAUAAUGACACAACAACAGUUGAGAGGAGAGAAAUUGUUCAGAAAAAACAUGUUUAAAAUAGAUUUUAUGUCAUCAUUGUUCAUCAUAUUCAUAUGGCAUCAUAUGUCUGUGCAGCUUUUGUUUAUGAGCCUAUGACGGUCAAUCAUUUGAUUUUAGAGCUCUCUUUGAAUCAAAUUUUAACCCUGGGGGAGUAAAUAAUCAUGUUUUCAGAGCUGACACAAUAGUGUAAAAAAACAGAUGUCUUGUUUGAUGAAGCUAUAAACCAUGUAUACCCAAUUCAUGUGUACGUAAUUCUUCUUGUCACCAUCGUCAUCUCCUCUUCCUCCUACUUUACAUUAUAACUAAUCUUUAGUUGUCUUUGUAUGAUAAGUUUUUUAAUCAAACAUUCUAGAUGAAUGGUUAAACCAUGUACAGUAUAUGCUUAUUCAAAUUUCAAGAUAUGUAGUGACAAAAAUCCAUUUUCUUGCCUUUUUAUCAAUUUCAUCUCUAUGUGUAUAUUUUGCAGAUUGAAAAUUGAAAGUGAGAGAUUUAUACAUUUCUUUGUUUUUUGUUAUACAUUAAAGCAUGAUUUGCUUUAUAAUUGA